CCUGCUCCAUUACCCCUAUUCCAACACAGCCGUAGAGCAAUCACAUGCGCCGCAGUUGGUUACGAUAACAAGGACGCUGCGUGUAAACCUCGCACAAAAGCUUGUUGCUGUUCUUAAGAUGGGCUCCCAAGGGACACCCAUAUUCCGACUGCCUCUUGGUACGCACGGUAAUGCAGCGGCAGGAGACGAUGCCCACAAAACGCACGUACGGCAGCCGAUACGUCAGCUAGCACAAUUGCUUCUGGACCCGCCCAGAGCCAUCGGGGCUAUAGUCAUCACGGUGGACCCUUCACCGGCGAUUCUGCGGCGUUACAGCGGCGACCUCCGCAACGCGUCCACCCCAAAGAGCGCCGCCUUUCGAGGUGUCGCGGAAGCCGGUGGGGCGAGGGAGAGGGCAGAAAAGUCUCUGGAGGAAACUGGCUCCAACUAA